AUGGCUUUCGGCUGGGGCGAAUCUGAUGAUGCUCACCGCAAGGUGUACGGCGAGGAGAAGCACGAGGGCAAGUUCUCUCACGAGCUCAUUGCCGGUGCCGCAUCUUUUGCCGGUAUGAAGGCCUGGGAGGACCACCAGCGCAAGGAAGGCAAGACUGUCAAGCACGCUUUCGCCAAGGAGGCUCUUGCCGGUCUUGUCGGCGCCGAGGUUGACAAGCUCGCCGAGACCAAGGGCAUGGAUGAGGUCGACCGCGUCAAGGCCCACGAGCACGCAAAGAAGAACGCCCACCACAUGUACGAAGAGCACUACGAGCGCGGCCACGGUGCCGACGUGUACGAUCCCUCCCGCUUCCCCCUCCUCCUCGCUUCGACGGCCCCCGUCGCUGGUAAAUGGGGAGCAUGA